ACGACGCUCGUCGGCAGCGUAGAAGCAGCGAGUCGGCGUGUAGCGGCACACGUGGUCAGCCUGCGUCCUUCCAGUGAGAGCAGCAGCAGCAGAGGAGCGCAAGUGUCCCGUUGGUGCCGCAAAUAAACUGCAUUACAACAUACAACAUGAGGCCAGGCUUUUCUCCUCGUGGAGACCGUGGAGGACGGGGAGGACGAGGAGGAUUCGGUGACCGUGGAGGACGGGGAGGAUUCGGUGACCGUGGAGGACGGGGAGGAUUCGGUGACCGAGGACGCGGAGGCUUCAGAGGGAGAGGUGGAUCAUUCAGGUCUCCCGAUGGUGGCGGAUUUCGGGGUCGAGGGGGUGGACGAGGAGGCCCCAGAGGGAGGGGAGGCAGAGGAGGCUUUGGUGCAGGGAGGAAGGUCACAGUUGAGCCACACAGACAUGAAGGAGUGUUCAUCUGCAGAGGGAAGGAGGACGCCCUGGUGACCAAGAACAUGGUGGUGGGAGACUCUGUGUACGGAGAGAAGAGGAUCAGCGUGGAAGAAGGCGAGCUGAAGAUCGAGUACAGGGCCUGGAAUCCCUUCCGCUCCAAGCUGGCUGCAGCCAUCUUGGGAGGAGUGGACCAGAUUCACAUCAAGCCCGGGGCAAAGGUCAUGUACCUGGGAGCGGCCUCUGGGACCACGGUGUCCCACGUCUCUGACAUUGUUGGACCGGAGGGGCUGGUCUACGCCGUGGAGUUCUCCCAUCGAUCGGGUCGCGACCUUCUAAACGUAGCAAAGAAACGCACAAACAUCAUUCCAAUCAUCGAGGAUGCCCGCCACCCACACAAGUACCGCAUGCUGGUUGGAAUGGUGGAUGUGAUUUUUGCUGACGUUGCGCAGCCGGACCAGACCAGAAUUGUUGCUUUGAACGCCCACAACUUCUUGAAGAACGGAGGACACUUUGUUAUCUCAAUCAAGGCUAACUGCAUCGACUCGACGGCGCCCCCAGAGGUGGUGUUUGCCUCAGAAGUGAAGAAGAUGAGCGCUGAGAACAUGAAGCCUCAGGAGCAGCUCACGCUGGAGCCGUACGAGAGGGACCACGCCGUGGUUGUGGGCAUCUACAGACCUGCACCGAAAAAGAAGUGAGGGACUCAAGACGGCGCUGGGUUUUUAAACCACAUCUGCUUUUUAUUUUCCACUGCUCUCCUGCCUUGUACUGUGAGACGACAGGAGGGUCGAACAUGUCGGGGUAUCUUUCUUUUCAGUUGACUGACCGAGCAUCCAACCGCUGGCGUCUCUAUAGCCGGCGGGGUUGGGAGAACACUGCAUAACGUUUGUGUGCCAGAUUGGAGUCGUGUUUUUGUCAUGUGUGCAGCGCUUUACCACCCGUAACUUCACACCUGUGGCUCGUACAUUGAACUGAUAACCUGUUUCUGUGUAACUGCACAUCAGGAAGACUAAUACAACGGCAAAAUAUCCAGUCUUGUGUAUUUAUGGGAUCUCAUUUGGUUUCUUGUUUGGUCAGUACUUUAUCACUUCUAUGCUCCUCAUUCUAUCAUAGAAUCUUAUUUUCUUAUGUCCUCUUUACCUUAAGCUCCAUCCGACUCAUCGACAGUGCUGAUCAGGUGGCUGGUGAACAAUAAGUCAUCUGUCAUAACUUGUGUACAGGCUCAAUGUUGUGUGUACUAAUUGCACAACACUCACAUUUUGUAGCUGAGGAAGCCGACUGCUGAUGUGUUUAGUGGUGAUCGUGUGUACAGACAAAUAGAGACGUGCCCUUUUCCUGACUUGUAGUUUGGACGCACAGUCCUUUGUGUUGGCGGAAUACAACAGUUGUAAUUUGCAACAAUGUAUGCGUUGAACAGUUUAUAUAUUUGUUUUUUUGACAUAUAAUGCCAACUUUGUUUUAAUAAAAUGUUUAUGAUUGCUA